AUGAUUAUUGAUUCACCAACUAUUCCUUCACAUGAUGGACUUUCAUCCAAUGUUUCAUUUGAUGGCUUUCAACAAUAUAGAAGUAAACGUUUUCUCAAACCGUCAUCCUCUUCUCUACAUGCUCUUAUUGAUUCAUCAGGACAAAUUGUCAAAGAAAGUGAUCAUAUGUGUAAUGUAGCAGCUGAUUAUUACGAAGAUUUUUUUAAAGCAUCAUAUAUUGUUAGACCUCACCCAUAUACUGAUUCACCUCCAAUUGAAUAUGAUAAUAAUAAUGAAUUUAUUCUUGAAGUAACACUUGAUGAACUUAUAAAUACUGUUCUAGCUAAAAAGAAAAAAAAAUCUCUAGAUGCUCAUGGUAUUUCAAAUUAUAUGUUUAAUUUUCUUGAUCUUAAUUACUGGUCUUUAUUGUUAAAACUAUAUAAUCAUUCUUUUCAAAAGUCAGUUUUACCUUCCGCAUGGAAAGAUACCCGAAUGAUAUUAUUAGCUAAAAAAGAUUCCAUUUGUCCACCGUCUUUAACUCGUCCCAUCUCACUUCCUGAUUCAUUUCAAAAGAUAGGUGAGAAACUCUUUCUUACUCGAUUUCGUGAUCUUUUAUUUAGAAGAGAUCUCUUACCUGAUAAUCAAUCAAGUUUUAGAGAACGUUUUCGCUUACAAACGCGUUUACUUCUCUUUCUGGAAGAUGUAUAUAGUCUUUUGUCAAAUAGUGCUCCAGUUUGUACUAUUUUUGUAGACUUUCGUGCUGCUUUUGAUCAAUUGUGGUUUCUAGGUUGCAUAGGAAAAUUACGUAAUUUGGGUAUCCCUCCAUCUUUUCUAAAUUGGAUUAAAGGAUGGUUAAAUAAUAGACGUUGCUUCAUAGAAACCAAUGGCAGUAAAUCUCGUUGGUUCUCUAUUGAAAAAGAUGGUCCUCAAGGAAGUGUUCUUACUCCAACGUUAUUCAUCACAUAUAAUUGUGAUAUGGGUUGUUCUCUAUCUGGUUGCAUAAGUCACUUCUUUGCUGACGAUUUAGCUGGAAUUAUGGCUGAUCAAUUAGGAAUAAAGUAUUCGUCUCAAUGUCUUGAUUUAGAAAAAAGAGCUAAAGUUUUUCUUGGUCAACUUGAAUAUUAUUCUGGCUUAACUGAUCAGCCUAUUAAUUUCAAUAAAACUGAAGCUAUGUUUACUAAACCACGUAAUGAUCAACAACAAAUAGAAUCGAACAUUAUUAUUUCAUCUUCUUCAUCAUCAUCUGAAUUUCAAAACUCUCAUUCGCUUUCUUCGUUCUCUGAUGAUCAAACUGCAUGUGAUCUUGUUUCCGACACUUCACCAUCUUUUCUCACAGUUUCUAGUUCUUUACAUGAAAAUUCUGGAACAAAACGUGUUCCAAAUGAUAUCAGUGCAUCAUGUUGUGAUUCUCCUGUUCAACCAAAAUUAAUAACUUAUCCAAUAAAUUACCAAAAUCGUUCAUUCCAGCCAAGAUGGUAUAAUGAUAGAGUAUGGCUGGAAUAUUCUGUACAAAAUGAUGCAUGUUAUUGUUAUUAUUGUCGUCAUUUUUCUUGUAAUAAAUAA